AUGGAAUAUACUAAAUGUUUGAUAAUUUUUUUAUUUAGUGUUUCGUAUAUAGAGUGUAAGAGCUGGUAUCCUACAACAGAUAUACAAGGCUUGAAUUUAAAUAGCGUCAAAAAUGAUCAAGAAAGCAGGUAUAUAACAACAACAAGACAUCUGAACAGUACAAGUGGAAAUGACAUUUCUGUCUAUAUAAGUACACAGGGCUCGGAAUAUAAGCCAUCUAAUCCAUUGCAAAUAUCAAUUAUGAAUUCCCCUAAUAUGCCCAUUUCUAAAAGCAAUAGAAAUAGCAAUACGUUCCUCAAUGAUGCAGAAAACUUUAAGAAUACAUCUAGUCGAUCAAAAGGCAAAUUAGUACGAAGACGAUGUCCGCAAACACCAAAGCAAAAAUGUCUCAAUUCCAGCAAAGCUGUUCAAAGUAGGAUUUUGGAAGUAUUUGAGGUGGUUCAAUUUGAACACAUUGCUUGUUUUUCUAGUACCGGUCUAGAAGGCACUUGUCUUCACGAAUAUGACUGUCAAAAAAUAAAUGGUACCGCUAUGGGGGCUUGCGCCGAUGGAUACGGAACUUGCUGUAUUAUUCUCUUACAAUGUGACACUCGCUCCUCAGCACCGACUGGCUGGUUUACAAAUCCCAACUACCCAGGACCGAGUACAGACAGAUUGUCGUGUGCAUUUACGUUGGAUAAAACAUCAGCGGAUGUUAAACAACUCCGACUAGAUUUCAUGACAUUUGAGAUAACACAGUUGAAUUCAUAUGAUGCCUUAUCUGCUCCUACUGGUUGUCUUCAAUACUUUAAGGAAGAUCAUGGAUAUGUAGAAUCAUUUAAUUACCGCGAUAGUACUGAAAUAGGAAUAACAAGGACGCCCUCUUACUUGAACAAUUUGAACUACGCUAUAUGCAUCGAGCGUAAACCAGCCUCAUGUAGCGUGGCAUACACGAACGUUGGAGACAUGCAAAUAGUUAACUACGACACAGAUGGUUUACCAAUACUACCACCGCAGCAAGCAGGAGUAGAAAUAUUUGACUGUCCAAGCGAUUGGCUCUUAAUAUCCGCUUUACGACUUUGCGGUGAAAGACUUAAUGAUGGUUCCGUACUACAGGAUUUUUCUUUGGACGCACCAGUUACAGAUGAUGGCGCUGGACCUAUCUUAGUAUGGUUCAGAUCUGACGGCAUUUACUCCGGACGUGGGUUUCGGCUACAUUACCAACAAAAUAACUGUACUACU